ACGAGCAGAGAAUACGUACGACACAGACCAUUUGACCAAAUGGAUUCUGAUGAAGAGUUACCAACGGACCGGUGUGGGACUGCAGGCGGACCUGAACGCCUCGGAGACAAGGUGGAGGAUUUUAGCAUCGAUAUUAGUGGAGCAAACAGCAAUGAAGAAGAGGAUGCGUUUGUCCGGAACAGGCUCUCUAAGAUACACCAACGCAACGUCGGUGAAUCGGGACACGUGGAGACCUCUAUUUCAAAAACUACGGAUGUCCAGACGGAUGGAACUGAUGACAGUCAUCUCCCCAUAGAUCGAGGCUGGGCGUGGAUGAUACUAGCGGGAUGUCUUCUCAACGUCAUUAUUCUGACUGGCUAUGGUCGAGGGAUUGCCAUCCUUUUCGUGGAAUACUUGAAGAUUUUUGAAGCAUCAGCCACCAAAACGACGCUACUGAUGGGCGUCAUGGCUGGUGUUUAUAGCCUGUCUUCGCUUAUAUCCAUGCAUGUCCUGGUAGACCUUCUUGGUGUCAGGAAGACAGUGAUGCUUGGAGCAACCAUAUCUACCGUUGCCAUGGUAAUGGCUAUCUUCCCUACAAGUAUUACGUACCUGGUUUGUACACACAGUGUGUUAAUCGGUAAGGCUAAAUUGAGUUGACUGCUUGUCAUCGUGUUGAUUUAGGCACAUAAUACGGGUUUGUC